AUGUCUGGCCCGUCGGCUACCGAAAACGACGUCGAGAUGGCGCGCCCCGAACCCGCCAUGCUCACCAGCCAGCCUGUCCGCCACCAAGCUAUGGACGCUCAAAAACCGCACGCCGACACCGAGAAUACCGAACCCGAACUUGGGCUGCGAGGAGGUGGAGAGACGUGCCCUGGCCGCUUCUGCUUCAUCAUUCCUUGCCCUAUUCCCAUCAACUGCUGCAUUUUCCCCUGUCCUUGCUAG